AUGACCAACGACCUGAAGUACUGGGAAGCACAGGCCGUCUCUCACAGGAGGAUCGCCUUCUUCGGUGUGACCUUCUCGACUGUGGCCACACUCAUCUGCGUGAUCUCCGUGCCAAUGCUCUACAACUACAUGCAGCACAUGCAGUCGGUCAUGCAGAACGAAGUCGACUUCUGCAAAUCCCGCUCUGGAAAUAUCUGGAGAGAAGUACUCGCUGGAUCCACAAGGAAAGCCCGUCAGGCUCGCGGUGGAUGCUGUGGAUGUGGUGUUUCUCCAUCUGGACCACCCUGGACCUCCUGGACAAGAUGGACAACCUGGAUCAGAUGGUCAGCCUGGUCAGCCUGGUCCACCUGGAAACCGCAGGAGGCAAGGGACAACCAGGAAACCCAGGACAAGAUGGCCAGCCAGGAAAUCCUGGACAGCCAGGAGGUGCAGGUCAGCCUGGACCACCAGGACCACCCGGAAACGAUGGUCAGCCUGGAAACCCUGGAUCGCCAGGAGCCUCCAGGACAACUCACCACAGUUCCCGGCUCACAGGGACCACCUGGACCAGCUGGACCUCCAGGACCUCCUGGACCCGAUGGUCAGCCAGGAGCACCUGGAAACCCAGGACAAGAUGGUGCACCAGGACAGCCAGGAGACAAUGGACAGCCUGGUGGUCCAGGACAGCCGGAGGCGACGGAACUGAUGGAGAAGACGGUGACGGUGGAGCUCCAGGAGGCUGCGACCACUGCCCACCUCCUCGCACUGCCUCCAGGUUAUUGA